AGUGUGGCAAGUAUUAAAUGUGGAAGGUUCAGGAGUUUAGUCUCCCAGCAUCCUCUUCCAAAAAUGAAGCAAAUAACCCAUCGCUGCAUGACUGGGUUUUUUUCUUUGAUAAUCUGCCUGCAAUUUCUUUAAUACCUGAUUCAAGUUUAUAGUGUAAAGAAGUUUAAGUGACUGCUCUACCUGACCAAAAUGGUGGACACUGAAAACCAGCUCUAUACCCUUACUCCCUUGGAGGAGGAUGAUAUCGGCAGCCCUUUAUCUGGAGAGUUUCUACAAGAUAUGGAGAACAUCCAACAUCUCUCUCAGUCUCUAGGUGAUGAUAGCUCUGGAGCUUUAAGUUUAACAGAGUUUCAGUCACUGGGUCCAGGAUCUGACGGAUCAGUUAUAACAGACACCCUUUCACCAGCAUCCAGUCCUUCAUCCAUUAAUUUUGCCACAGCUCCAGGUAGCAUAGAUGAAUCACCCAGUGGAGCAUUAAACAUUGAAUGUAGAAUUUGUGGGGAUAAAGCCUCAGGCUACCAUUACGGAGUACAUGCUUGUGAAGGUUGUAAGGGUUUUUUUAGAAGAACAAUUCGAUUAAAACUCAUCUACGAUAAAUGUGAUCGCAACUGCAAAAUUCAGAAAAAAAAUCGUAAUAAGUGUCAAUACUGUCGUUUUCAAAAGUGCCUUUCAGUUGGAAUGUCACAUAAUGCAAUACGUUUUGGACGAAUGCCAAGGUCUGAGAAGGCCAAGUUGAAAGCAGAAAUACUAACAGGUGAAAAUUAUGUUGAAGAUUCAGGAAUGGCAGAUCUUAAAUCACUUGCCAAAAGAAUUCACGAUGCUUACCUGAAAAACUUCAAUAUGAACAAGGUUAAAGCCAGAAUCAUCCUUGCAGGGAAAACUAAUAACAAUCCCCCAUUUGUUAUACAUGACAUGGAUACCUUGUGUAUGGCAGAGAAGACCCUGGUGGCAAAACUGGUAGCCAAUGGAAUUCAGAACAAGGAAGCAGAAGUUAGGAUCUUCCACUGCUGUCAGUGUACGUCCGUGGAGACCGUCACAGAACUUACCGAAUUUGCCAAAUCUAUCCCUGGCUUCUCCAAUCUUGACUUGAAUGAUCAAGUGACAUUGUUAAAAUACGGAGUUUAUGAAGCCAUAUUUGCCAUGUUAGCGUCUGUGAUGAACAAGGAUGGGAUGCUGGUAGCCUAUGGAAAUGGCUUUAUAACCCGGGAGUUCCUGAAAAGCCUGAGAAAGCCAUUCUGUGAUAUAAUGGAGCCAAAAUUUGAUUUUGCCAUGAAGUUCAAUGCACUGGAAUUGGAUGACAGCGAUAUAUCCCUUUUUGUUGCCGCCAUCAUUUGCUGUGGAGAUCGUCCUGGUCUUGUAAAUGUAGGACACAUUGAAAAAAUGCAGGAGAGCAUUGUGCAUGUACUGAAACUUCACUUGCAAACCAACCAUCCUGAUGACAUCUUCCUCUUCCCAAAACUGCUCCAAAAAAUGGCUGACCUCCGACAACUCGUCACUGAGCAUGCUCAGCUUGUUCAGAUAAUUAAGAAGACUGAAUCUGAUGCACAUUUACACCCUUUACUACAGGAAAUCUACAGGGAUAUGUAUUAAGGAUUUUUAGUAUUUUUUCCACAAUAUUUAAGAGAAGAGCAAUACUAAUAACAGAUGGGAGCAAAAGUACUUGCACAGUUAUCUGCUGUUCACUCAGCCUGGAGUGUGAAAAAUCUAAAAGCUGGGUAGCUGGAGUGUUACACUUCUUUUGGUUUGGGAUCUUUUUUUCUUCUUCUGAAAGUUCUGCAGAAAAAUGCUGAUCAUAGUGCUCAUGAAGUGUCUUACAAUGGUUCUUUGCUUUGGAAAUUUGAAGAUUGGUAAGCAAUACAUAUUUGUGUAAUAAAUCGGAAUGUUAAGUAACAGAAAUGAA